CCUCCAGCUACACCUCCUGCCCCCUUUGCUCCCCUGGUACAGCCGCUUCCUGCCCUCGGGGUCCCUCAGCAAAAUGGUUCAACAAGUUCCAGAAAACAUCAAUUUUCCUGCUGAAGAAGAGAAAAUCUUGGAGCUAUGGUCCAAAUUUAAUUGUUUUCAGGAAUGCUUAAAGCAAUCAAAGAAUAGACCAAGAUUUACCUUCUAUGAUGGGCCUCCUUUUGCAACUGGACUGCCUCAUUAUGGACAUAUUCUUGCUGGGACAAUUAAAGAUAUAGUUACAAGAUAUGCUCAUCAGAGUGGGUUUCAUGUUGACAGACGAUUUGGAUGGGAUUGUCAUGGCUUACCUGUGGAAUAUGAAAUUGAUAAAACACUGGGAAUCAGAGGACCAGAAGAUGUAGCCAAAAUGGGCAUUGCAGAGUACAACAAACAGUGCCGAGCAAUUGUGAUGAGAUACUCUACUGAGUGGAAAUCAACUGUUACCAGACUUGGCCGAUGGAUUGAUUUUGACAAUGAUUACAAAACUUUGUAUCCACAAUUCAUGGAAUCUGUCUGGUGGGUCUUCAAACAACUCUAUGAUAAAGGCCUUGUUUAUCGGGGUGUGAAAGUCAUGCCCUUUUCUACUGCAUGUAACACUCCACUUUCAAACUUUGAAUCUCACCAGAAUUACAAGGAUGUUCAAGAUCCUUCAAUAUUUGUAACUUUUCCUUUGGAGGAAGAUGAAAAUAUAUCUCUAGUUGCUUGGACAACCACUCCCUGGACUCUACCUAGUAACCUUGCCUUGUGUGUUAAUCCAGACAUGCAGUAUGUGAAGAUUAAAGAUGUUGUUAGAGGAAAAUUAUUCAUUUUAAUGGAAGCCAGAUUAUCUGCCCUCUAUAAAUUGGAGAGUGACUAUGAGAUCCUUGAAAGAUUUCCUGGUGCCCGUCUCAAAGGCAAGAAAUACAGGCCCCUGUUUAACUAUUUUGUGAAGUGUAAAGACAAUGGUGCGUUUACUGUGCUUGUUGACAACUAUGUGAGAGAAGAGGAAGGAACUGGGGUUGUACACCAGGCUCCUUAUUUUGGUGCUGAUGACUAUCGUGUCUGUAUGGAUUUCAGCAUCAUUCAGAAGGACUCUGUCCCUAUUUGCCCUGUGGAUGCAUCAGGCUGUUUCACAGCAGAAGUGACAGAUUUUAUCGGACAGUAUGUGAAGGAUGCUGACAAAAAUAUCAUCAGGACUCUGAAGGAACAAGGCCGACUCCUUAUUGCCAGCACCUUCACUCACAGCUACCCUUUCUGUUGGAGAUCGGAUACUCCCCUCAUUUACAAAGCAGUGCCCAGCUGGUUCGUGCGGGUGGAGCAUAUGGUGGACCAGCUUCUAAGCAACAAUGACCGGUGUUACUGGGUCCCAGAGUUUGUUCGAGAGAAGAGAUUUGGAAAUUGGCUGAAAGAUGCACGUGACUGGGCAAUUUCCAGAAACAGAUACUGGGGCACCCCCAUCCCACUGUGGGUCAGUGAUGACUUUGAGGAGGUUGUGUGCAUUGGAUCAAUGGCAGAACUUGAAGAACUAUCGGGAGCAAAGAUCUCAGAUCUCCACAGAGAGAGCAUUGACCACCUGACCAUUCCUUCACGUUGUGGGAAGGGAUCUUUACAUCGCAUCUCUGAAGUGUUUGACUGCUGGUUCGAGAGUGGCAGCAUGCCCUAUGCUCAAGUUCAUUAUCCAUUUGAAAACAAGAAGGAGUUUGAGGAUGCUUUUCCUGCAGACUUCAUUGCCGAAGGCAUUGACCAAACUAGAGGAUGGUUUUAUACCCUGCUGGUGCUGGCCACGGCUCUCUUUGGACAACCGCCUUUCAAGAACGUUAUUGUGAAUGGACUCGUCCUAGCCAGUGAUGGCCAGAAAAUGAGCAAACGAAAAAAGAAUUAUCCAGACCCACUUGAGAUGAUUCAUAAAUAUGGUGCUGAUGCCCUCAGAUUAUAUCUGAUUAACUCCCCUGUGGUUCGUGCAGAAAACCUCCGCUUUAAGGAGGAAGGUGUGCGCGAUGUUUUGAAGGACGUGCUACUUCCCUGGUAUAACGCCUAUCGCUUCUUCAUCCAGAACGUCCUGAGGCUGCAGAAGGAGGAAGAAAUGGAAUUCCUCUACAAUGAGAACACAGUUAAAGAAAGUGCCAACAUCACAGAUCGUUGGGUCCUCUCCUUCAUGCAAUCACUCCUUGAGUUCUUUGAGACUGAAAUGGCAGCUUAUAGGCUUUAUACUGUGGUGCCUCGACUGGUCAAGUUUGUGGAUAUUCUGACCAAUUGGUAUGUCAGAAUGAACCGCAAAAGAUUAAAGGGCGAAAACGGGGUGGAGGAUUGUGUAAUGGCCCUGGAGACCUUGUUUAGUGUUCUUCUUUCUCUGUGCAGACUUAUGGCACCCUAUACACCUUUUCUCACGGAACUGAUGUACCAGAAUCUAAAGAUGCUGAUUGACCCUGUCUCUGUCCAAGACAAGGACACACUCAGCAUUCACUACCUCAUGUUGCCCCAUGUUCGAGAGGAGUUAAUUGACAAGAAGACAGAAAAUGCAGUGUCCAGAAUGCAGUCUGUGAUUGAACUUGGGCGAGUGAUUCGAGACCGCAAAACUAUUCCAAUAAAGUAUCCUUUGAAAGAAAUUGUGGUUAUCCAUCAAGAUCCAGAAGCACUUAAUGAUAUCAAGUCUUUGGAGAAGUAUAUCACUGAGGAAUUGAAUGUUCGAAAAGUUACAUUAUCUACGGAUAAAAACAAGUAUGGCAUUCGUCUGAGGGCAGAGCCCGAUCACAUGGUCCUAGGGAAGCGCCUGAAGGGAGCCUUCAAGGCAGUGAUGACCUCCAUCAAGCAGCUGAGCAGUGAGGAGCUGGAACGGUUCCAGGAGAGUGGGAGCAUCAUUGUGGAAGGUCAUGAAUUACAUGGAGAGGAUAUCCGCCUCAUGUACACCUUUGAUCAGGCAGUAGGUGGGACUGCGCAGUUUGAAGCACACUCAGAUGCACAGGCUUUGGUUCUUUUAGACAUCUCUCCUGACCAGUCAAUGGUGGAUGAAGGAAUGGCUCGGGAAGUUAUCAAUCGCAUCCAGAAACUUCGCAAAAAGUGCAAUCUGGUUCCAACUGAUGAAGUAACAGUUUAUUAUAAAGCAAAGUCUGAAGGAAAGUAUCUGAAUAAUGUUAUCGAAAGCCACACAGAGUUCAUAUUUGCCACCAUAAAGGCUCCCUUGAAACCAUAUCCAGUUCCUACUUCAGAUAAAAUUCUUAUUCAAGAAAAAAUGCAGUUAAAGGGAUCAGACCUGGAAAUUACACUCACCAGAGGAUCAUCCAUACCUGGCCCUGCUUGCGCAUAUGUCAAUCUUAACAUUUGUACAAAUGGCAGAGAGCAAGGUGGAGUGUUGCUUCUGGAAAAUCCAAAAGGUGACAAUAGGUUGGACCUUUUAAAACUGAAGAGUGUUGUUACUAGCAUUUUUGGUAUAAGAAAUACAGAGUUGGCGAUCUUUCAUGGGGAAACAGAACUACAAAACCAAACCAACUUACUGAGUCUUAGUGGAAAAACACUUUACGUGACUGCAGGAUCAGCUCCUUCUGUGAUCAACAGCCCUACUAAUCUUCUUUGUCAGUACAUCAACUUACAGCUUCUGAAUGCAGACCCACAAGAAUGUUUAAUGGGAACAGUCAGCACUCUCUUGCUAGAAAACCCACUUGGGCAGAAUGGACUCACCUACCAAGGUCUUUUGUGUGAAGCAGCCAAGGUAUUUGGCCUUCGGAGCAGGAAGUUGAAGCUAUUUCUGAGUGAGACUCAAACAGAUGAAAUUACUGAAGAAAUCCCCAUGAAGACUUUGAACACAAAGACCGUGUAUGUUUCUGUAUUACCAACAACAGCAGAGUUCUGACAUAUUCAGUGUGGCUCAGUCAACCUUUACUUGGUUUGUACCUGUCCACUACAGAGAUUCACACACACACACAAACACAGAUGCAUUGGAAAUACCCCUUUGGAUACGUGUAUGAUACUCUGCUUUUGGUUUAAAUUGAAGUAAGAUGGUUUCAUCAAGUGACUUGAGACCUCAUAUUAAUCUUCACACUUUAAAUACCUAUGCAGUCAUGUUGAGGAGUGGAUACAUUGUUACCUCAGCAUUAUAAAUUCAAUUCUAUACUUGAAAAUCCUAAGUAUAGAAAAGAGUAGAACUAAUUUAAAUGGUAUAGAUAUGUAUGUAUACAUACAUAUUUUCUGUGUCCUUUUUAAAGAGACCUCUUAAAGGAACAGAUCUGUUGUAUAUUUUCCACUACUUGGAUUUUCCUGAGUUAUUUGGUGGAAUGUUUAAGUUUUAGUAAAUCAGAACAAUAAACAAAACUUUCUCUCAGAUAAUGUGUUAGGUGUUAAUUCAUCCUCUCAUAGUGCGAUGAAUUGUGAAAUUGUUAAAGAAUGCAAAAGCUUAAUAGUGACUUCUGUGUUAAGAUAGUGGACUAAACAUCUAAUUUCUUUCUCUAAUCCAAAAUCCUGUAUGUCAAAGAAGCAAAUGUCAAGACAAAAAUUAAAAGUGCAAGAAUUUAUUGAAGAAAACACACAUGAAGGGUAAAGGGGAGAGGAAGCAGGCACAGGUAGAGUCUUCAGACUAUGAUUUGGACUGAUACUUGUGAAAAGGGAAAAAGAAACAAGGAAGAUUAAUUAGAAGAAAUCUAGACUUAGGGCAACUCUGAGAAAAUCUUGGUUAGGCCAGUUAGAGCCAGCCACCAAGUAAGGAUUCUUUUAGAAAGAAUUCUUUUAGAAAGAGUUGGGCAGAAAUUACCUAAUUUUGUACCCCUGUCCUGUUCAGACAUUGACUUGGAGCAGCCCAAGUAGAGUGGUCUUGGCACAAAUACCUUAGUGGAUCUGAAAGUGCAGUAGCAGGAAGUUGUCAUCCAACUACCUUUUUAUAUCAGAUUCUCUGAAGGAGAGACCUGAAUGGUACAUCUCUACCAAAUGCAUUGAGCCCAAACAGAAAAUAAAAGUGUUCAUGAGGAAGUGAGCAAAUUGGAAGCCUUGUGCACUGUUGAUAGGAAUGUAAAAUGGUGCUGCUGCAAUGGAAAACAGUAUGGAUAUUCCUCAAGAAAUUAAAAAUAAAAUUACUGUAUCAUCCAGCAAUCCCACUUCUAGGUGAAUACCCAAACAAAUUGAAAGGAGGGUCUUGAAGAGAUACAUGUACGCCCAGGUUCAUUGCCACAUUAUUCACAACAGCCAAGAGGUGGAGCAGCCAAAUGUCCAUUGAGGAAUGGAUAAAGAAAAUGAUUUGUAUAUAUAAAAUGAAAUAUUAAUCAAUCUUAGAAGGAUGAACCUUGAAAAUACUCUGCUAAGUGAAAUAAGCCAGCUACAAAAAAACAAAUACUGUAUGAUUCUACUCACCUGAAGCACCUAGAGUAGUCAGCUUAUUUAAACAGUAGGAUGAUGGUUGUGAGGGUCCUGGAAAGGGAGAAAUGAGAAAACUGUUCAAUGGAAAUAGCUUUAGUUUUGUAAGAAGAAAAAUCUUAGAGGUCUUUUGUACAAUAAGAACUAUGAACCGUAUCCUUAAAUAAUGUGGGCUUGUUAAAGAGACUGAAGCCAAACUGAAAGAACUUCCACUGGCCAAAGCCAGAAAAAUAUGAACCAAAACAACCAGUAUUAUUUCCAUGGAUCCAUACUGAUAUAAAUGUUGAAUAUAUACAGAAGAGACAAAUUUCUUAUGUAAUUCAAAAUAAUUUAUGUAGAUAUUCUCCCUCAAGGACAUGUACCUUAACUCCCCAUACAUUGAGAGUGUACUGAUUUGUGACUUCCAAAGAAGUCACUGCUGUGCUCCUUCCAAGAACCUAUAACCCCAGUCUAACCAUAAAAAAAAAAAAAAGACCCAAACUGAGUGACAGUCUACGAAGUGCUUGAUUGUUUAAAACUGUCAAGAUCAUCAAGGGAUGUUUGAGGAACUCAGAAUAGCAGAGACAAAGCAGAAAAAGAAUAAAUGUAAUGUGACAUCUUGAAUGUGAUCCAUGAGUACAAAAUGGUCUUUGAGGAAGAACUAGAGAUCUAAAUAAAGUGAAGCUUAGUUAACAGUAUUGUAUCAAUGUUGGUUCAUUAGUUUUGAAAAAUGUACAUAUAAAUGUAAGAUGUUACCAAGAGAGUAAACUGGGCAUAGGGUAAUGGGAACUCUACUAUCUUUCUAUAAAUCAAACUUCUAAAAUUAAAAGUUAAAUGACAAAAUUAAAGUUCAUUUCUUAAAAAACCAAAAAAAGGAAGGUAGUUCAAAAU